GUGCACAAUGUCAUCUACCACACCAGCACAGAACGCCAGCAGCAGUACACCGGCUGAAAAGCCCAAAGAGGAGAAGGAGCCUCUACCUCAGCUCGGAGCGCUGGAGGAAGACGACGAGUUCGAGGAGUUCGAGACCCAAGACUGGGAAGACCCAGAAACAGACCUAGCGUUCCUCAAGUCGGAUCCUUCUGCUCCCCCUAACGCUUCCGGGUCUUCGGCACAGCCAGACAGCUUGUGGGAGGAGAACUGGGAUGACGACGAUGUUGACGACGAUUUUUCAAAGUUGUUGAGGGUGGAGAUCGAGAAAACUUCACAGGGGAAGGAUACAGAGAUGGGGAACUGAGUCGCUCAGAACCCGAGGUUGCUGGUGCUGUAAACUAAUGCAUACGUGCUCUCGUUUGGUCUUCGAAUGGGACGGAAUAAAUGCGCUCAACAUGU